AUGAAAGGCAAGAAUGUAGAUGAAAGAAGAAGGCGUUUGUACGGACUUCUUGUGCCACCAGAGUGCCACCGAUUGGUCUUCUUUCUGAGAAAUUCCAUGGUAGCUAAAAAGCAUGUAAUCCAUAAAGAAUAUACGGGGAACGCGUUGGUAGAAUUCAAACGGCGUAAACAGAGUGUUCAGGCUAUCUUCAAAAACAGUAUAUCCAAAGUUCAAGAAAGAGAAGAAACCUACCUUCUAUACGAUCUUCACCAACUUUUCGAAUUUCUCGAGAACAUCCCUCGUUCGGAAUAUUUCGAUGCUACUUUAUUCUAUGCAGUGAUCACUUUCUAUGGCAAGGCAUUUGCUAAGUUUGAAAAAAUAAAAUCAAAAUUCUGUUCUAGAUUUCCUAAUGAUAAUGAAUAUGAAGAAAGUAGUAACUCUAAAAUCGAAAUUGGUAACACAAACAACACCCAGAAGUAUGCAGAUACGCUAGUCACUUCGUUAAAUAUGUUUGUCUCUCUUUGUAACCACUAUAAAGCAAGACAUUUAAACCCAAGAGGAGAAAUAACCGAUUGUGAUCAAAGUCUUAUUGAGCUUGGCAAACAAUUUCACAUCAGUUUAAUUCUUAAUGAAGAAAUCAGAAAUUCUUUUUUGAAGGUUCUCAAGUUUAAAAGCUUUACAAUCUUCCAGUUAUUUGACAAUUUUAUGGGCAUGAGUAAAGAAGAAAUAUUUUUGGCACUUCUAUAUCCAAGUGACAGGUUUUCUAGAGUGCUACCACUAGAUCGUACUCCUCUAAAGAAAAUUGAUUCGUCUCUCCUAGUAGAAUAUGCUUUGAGUUAUCUUGGGUUUCAAGAUGUUAAUAUGGGCACAUUGACGGAUUUAAAAACCGAAUUACAAUCUGGGCUCCUUCCAUUAUCAUCUGUUUACUGCUGUUUAUUGAUGUAUCAAUUAUAUUUCAUUGGGCAAACUGGUUUUGCAAAUCCGAGGUUGCUCCAGCUUAAAAAACCUACAACACAAAUAUAUUGCUGGAUAUUAGUUGCACAAAUGCUUGAACUUGAAAAUUAUCCACUUGUCAUUAAACACGAAAAGUUAGGGGAUUUUGCCUCUAAAUAUAUUAACCUAGUAGCAUUGGAAAGUCAAGAUACUGACAAUAUUAACUCACUUCUUAUACCAAAGCCUCAUAAUGUUCAUAAUAUCAAAAUAAAUCCGUGGUUAGCACGAGCUUAUAAAAACCUAUUUGAAAAAGAUAUAAAACAGCAAUAUGACACUUUUGAAAAGAACCACAGUUAUAAAAAGGUUUUUAAGGAAACAUUAUCAUCUUACCAUGAAAGAAACGAAGUAGUACCCAACGCUAGGUUUUCCGUACCUUUGGACAUUAAUUUUGACUCAAUAAUGUUCCAAUCGCUUAUAUUUAGAUUGAGAUACUUUUUUUAUUAUACACCAUUGGAGAACAAGACUUUUGCAGCUCUUGCAGGCAAAACAUUCUUGAUUUGUAAAAAUUAUCCUUUGUUAACUGGUAAUAAGUACGCAUUUACUUGGAAAAAGUUAUUGGACACAAAAGUUGAAGAAAUCAAGCCUUUAACAAGGCAUGAAGUGUACUCUGACAUUAAAGAUGAAGUUGUUUAUGAAUGCGAGGCGUUGAUCAAUAAGUGGAUAGAAACUCGAUCAAUCAAAAAGUGCCACUCUUUUUUCAAUGAAAAUAUGAGCAUCUUGAAGGUUAAAAUCCUGACCUGCUAUACUCAAGUGUUACUUAUUGAAAAUAAUAUUUUUUUCAAAUGA